AUGGCAAAAGUGAAAGUUCACAGUCAGGUGCGUCAGGUGAAUGCGCUAAAGGAGUCAAUCUCCGACAGGCUCAUGUACAUGUUGACGUUGCUGUUGGUGACAGCAACAUUGACAGAACAGCAGGAAGUUAACAACUUCAACGUUGGAGAGCUGAGCAUCUUACACUCGCCCCAAAUGCUUUCCGGUGGGAUGCAGCGUCCUCGUUCUCGUCAACUUAGGCAUCAUUCGCAUCGGAAUGCUGGGGAGGAUAAUGUUGAUGAUACCGGCGGAGGAGACCACAGCCAGAAGUUGGAAAAUUUCGUGCUCACCGACACCCUAAACGAUGGUGAAUGCGAACGUCGCAUCAGUUGGAAUGGCAUCAUCGGCAAGGAGACGAGUCUAGCCGAUACUAGCUCAAACAAAACGCUCAGUUUGUGGCAAAUGGCCGGAAAACAGUUCCUGAUACAAAUCAUUUACAACAGCGAUCGCGAAAUGAUGGACUGCGAAUAUGUAAGGAUGCGGCCGCUGGUGCAUCAAUUUCGCGAACGCUUCUCUUUCGAAUAUCGCCAAGCGCGGGCACGCAAUUUCACCUCCCCAUAUAACAUGGCCGGCAAAGCUGGCUCUCACUCGCUCGUGUCUGAUCACGACUUUCGGGAAUAUAUCGAGCACGAUAUCGUCACACCCGAAAUGAAGGAGCUACAGUACAACGUGUAUGAUUUUCCGGCCGAAGUUCCGGCCAGCCAUCGAAGCAUUGAUGCGUUCGGUAUGCGCAAUCUAUCGUACACCGUGUUGCACAACCGCGCCGAUAUUCCGGCGGAUCUGCUCGACCAGAUGAACUUUCACGAGCUGAAACAGAAAUGCAACGUGCGGCAAAAGCAGCUAAAAGAAAUCGCCACGGGAUUGCGUAGUUCAGAUCCCGAGCAUAAGCGGAUAGCGAACGAGAAGCUGCAGAGACACAAACGUGCGAUCGCGGACUGGUUCCUGUCGCCGAACACAAAAUGGUGCGGCAAAGGGCAUUCGGCCUCGCAAUACUACCAGCUAGGAGGCGCAUCCAGGGCGGAUAUGUGCUGCCGGAAGCACGACCACUGCAACAUCUUGAUACCGGCCAUGGCCACCCAUUGGGAUCUUUUCAAUAUCCGGCCGUUCACGAUCAGCCACUGUAGCUGCGAUACGAGACAACGACGGGACCUGUCGGACAUGCUGCGAGUCCCGGGUACGAAAUGGUGCGGUAAAGGCUGGAGCGCCCGCAACUACGUCGAGAUGGGCGGCUUCUCGAAGGCCGACCGUUGCUGCCGCCAGCACGACCUGUCCUGCCCGUUCUGGAUACUGGGCUUCGAGACUAAGUACAGCCUGUUCAACUGGCGCGUCAACACGCUGAUGCACUGCGGCUGCGACGAGAGAUUCCGUACCUGCCUAAAGAUGGCCGACUCCAGUGACGCUAAUCUGGUGGGAAAACUAUUCUUCAACAUCGUGCAGAUGAAGUGUUUCGUUCUGAAACCGGUAACGGUGUGCGAGAAACGGAGCUUUUGGGGCAAGUGCGAGAAAAAAUCCCGCCGGAAACGAGCCUUUCUGCGAGACAAUCGGAAGUUCUAAAGCAACACUUUCGCACUGAGGAGCGAUGAGAUAUGUGUGCAUACUUUUGUUAUCACUUGAUUCCCCGAACAGAGCUCAUGUUAUUUAUUGUAUAAGAAUCUCUUAUUUAUUGACUGUUUCUUGCAAAUGCAUUAUUGCCAACAUUAGUAGUAGCAGGGAAGAGCGCACGUGUUGCAGCGAAAAUUAGGUGAUGUUAUGCUGCUGCAGCACGAGUAACCAUGCUGAAGGAUGCUAUUUAUUAACUGUACAUGAACAUAUGUUUCAUUUGAAGUUCAGGGAGGAUGGAGGAAGAGGAAAUGAGAGGAAGAGGGUUCGAUUGAAAUAGAUUCCUAUUAGCUUCGUAAGGCAAUGGUAGCAGAAACUGACAAGUGAUGAUCGAAACAAAUCGUGUUAGUGAUUAAAUGCUUUGUAAGAAGUAGUAGAGCCGCAACGACGUGAUCGUGUGACUGUAAACUGAAAACUAGUAUUCAUUAACAGUUACGCUAGCGUACAGCAUUCAUCCGCAAAGAUCUGAACUAGAGUAGCAACACGCAAAGGGGUAGUAUUAGUAAAUGUAUAUAGGGUACGGGAGAAAAGGCAGCUCGCUCAAUGGCUUGAGGAUUGAAAUAUAUUCCAUGACGUUACAAUUGUACACGCACAAUCCUUUGCCGAGGUAUACGAAUAAACGGCUGGUACCGAAAGGCAUAAACUAUCUCACGUUGCAACUAACUAUAAUAGCAAAUAAUCUGUCAACUAAAGAAUGAGAGUUUCAAUACCUAGGCCGGGUUGUACGUAUCGAGCCUAAAUGAAAAGCAAACGUGUAAAAAUUGUACAUAUUUAAAUGUAUGAUCAAAAUCAACGAAACGUUUAAAAUGUUUUGUACAAAACAAUGUAAUAGCUUAGCAGUGUAAAUAGCGAAGGGAUGCAUGUGAAAGAAAUCAAAACUAUGAUAAUACUAUGAUGAUGAAAGAGGAUCAGCAACGGUGGACAGUGUAAGAUAAGAUUAGGUGUAUAAGACAACCCAGCAAGCACUACCGUAGACAAUUACUCACAAACUCAACGAGCAAAUGCAUCUUUUAUCACGCAAACUAUUGACUAAAUUAUACUGUUCCGCUUG